UUUUGUGAUAUGAAUGAUUUUCAGAGAAUAGUGAGGCUGAUGGACAACAAAAGCACACAGAGCCUUACCUACAACCGUCGUCUCCAGCAAAAGGGACGUGUCCCACUGGUAUUGCAUCACCGGGAAUGCACUAUGCAUCACCUCCUGCUCAAGUUGGAGUAGGAAAUGUAACGGCCCAAGCAGCUUACCCGUAUCCCGACCCGUACUACAGGAGUAUAUUUGCUCCUUACGAAACCCAGCCUUACCCAGCGCAACCUUAUCCUGCUCAGCCUAUGGUGCAUCUGCAAUUGAUGGGAAUCCAGCAAGCUGGUGUGCCAUUGCCAUCAGAAGCAGUUGAGGAGCCUGUCUUUGUCAAUGCAAAACAAUAUCACGGCAUCUUGCGUCGUCGCCAGUCCCGUGCAAAGGCCGAGUCAGAACAUAAACUUGCCAAGUCUCGAAAGCCGUAUUUGCAUGAAUCGCGACACUUGCAUGCGCUGAGGCGAGCUCGGGGAAACGGGGGUCGAUUCCAGAAAAAGAACGACAGCCAGAAGAAGAAGGACGUGGGAUCGAGCGAGAGAUACCACGACAACAUCAACCUCAACAGCGAAAAGGAUGCCUCUUGAAGAUGGAAGUUAGACGGAUCGAAACAAAAGUAGCGCAGUCGAAACUGUCUCGUGUGAGUUUGGCAGAUUCAUUAAGAUGGUUCAUAGUCAAUAGUCUCGUUUGUGUACAUUCAGUCAUAGGUUUUUGUAGGAAGCAUUUCAGUUGAGUGUGAAUUUCAGGUUGAUGUUUUCUGUGUUUUAUUUAAGGUAGGAACCUAAAUCCAAUCCACACACAAAUGCAUCUUCAUCAACACAAUGUAUAUUCUCUUCGUCACACAAAUUAAAAUCUCUCAAAUAUACGAAUUAGUUUCCAA